UUCCUAGUGUGCCCAAGCAAUGGAUUGGUCUAGUGCAAAGUCCAUUUACGAGUUUACUGCAGAUGACAUUGACGGCAAUACUGUAUCCCUUGAAAAAUACAGAGGAUAUGUGUGCAUCAUUACCAAUGUCGCAUCAAAGUGAGGAAAAACUCCCGUAAACUACACUCAGCUUGUUCAACUGCACGCCAAAUAUGCUGAGCAGGGUUUGCGUAUCCUUGGGUUUCCUUGCAACCAAUUCGGAAAACAGGAGCCUGGGACAGAAGCAGAUAUAAAGGAAUUUGCAAAAUCUUACAAUGUAGAAUUUGAUAUGUUCAAAAAAAUUGAUGUGAAUGGCGACACUGCCCAUCCUCUCUGGAAAUGGAUGAAGGAGCAGCCAAAAGGAAAGGGGCUUCUUGGAAAUGCAAUCAAGUGGAACUUCACCAAGUUCCUGAUCAACAGAGAAGGGCAGGUGGUAAAGAGAUACGGUCCAAUGGAUGAUCCAGUGGUGAUUGAAAAGGACCUGCCAAAUUACCUGUAGCAUUCCAUUUUGCUGAAAAAUACUGGAGUACUCUUUCAUAAAGACUUCAUAACUGCUUGCACACUUGCCUAGCUGUGUAUCAGCAUUUCUAGCCCAGAUUUUUGACGGUCUGUCUAUAAACCUCAGUAAAAGGGUGAGACUGACUUGAAUAUGGCGUGCAAACCUGGGAGAAGUUCUGAUACUCACUUUGGCAGGAGUGAAGGAGGGCUGUCGUCCUCUUAAAAAUGCUGUUUAAUAUGAAGAGUUGGAGUUGUAUGUUUUAUUAAUAAAUGCAUAACUGAG